AUGGUGCAAGUGGCUGGGGCGCCGUUCCCCUACUCCAUCUCCCCUAUUCCAGUUCGUAUCCUAUCCAAUGUACUCCGCCAUUGGGAAUCAGUAAUUUCUCUCCUGUCAGACUUAACGCAGAGACUACGAGCGAGCGCCCUAGACCAGCACAAACGUGAGCGCUCUAGACCUACGCAAAGUGAGCGCCCUAAACUCGCUCAGAAACUCCUUAUACAGCAGGAGCGUCGCAGAGAUGAGUACGGGUUCACGAAGGAAGGCAUAUGGUCCGCGAAGCUGCUGGCGGAGUUAGCAGUGUUGGCCCAGAAGGGUGGGGACGGGAAAAAGGUGAACACCUACCAGCCGGAGGUGAUCUGGUCAGAUGGUGACUGGGAGAUUGAAGACUGGUACUGGAACUCCACCAAGUUCCUGGCGUGGCUCUUCAACGACUCCCCCGUCAAGGACACCGUUGUGGUCAACGACAGAUGGGGAAGAGGAAUUCGGUGUCAUCACGGCUCCUUCUAUAACUGCGACGAUCACUACAACCCGGGAGUCCUUCAGCCUCACAAGUGGGAGAACUGCAUGACUCUGGACCGAGGCUCUUGGGGCUACCGACGCAACGCACCAGUAGCAGCCUAUCGCACCAUCCACGACGUCAUCACAGAGCUCGCACAGACCAUCAGCUGCGGCGGCAACAUAUUAAUCAACGCGGGACCCACACACGACGGCCGCAUCCCACCCAUCAUGGAGGAGAGACUGAGGCAACUGGGCUCCUGGCUUGACAUCAAUGGUGAUGCCGUGUAUGAUUCAACACCGUGGACACACCAGAACGACAGUGUCACUCCUGGAGUAUGGUUCACCAGUAAGGGGGAGACGGUGUACGCCCUGGUGCUGUCGUGGCCCCGAGGCAACCUACUGACUUUGGGCUCCGUCCUUCCCACACCAGAGACUAGCAUCUCCAUCCUUGGCUACCAUGACAACGACAUUAGACGCAACCUCCAGUUCAAGUUUGUGAAGAAAGGGAUGCAAGUGGUGUUUCCUCCCAUGUCUGACAUGAGCAGUCAGUGGGCGUGGGUGUUGGCCAUGUCAAAAGUGAAGCCUGUCAAGCAGACCUUUCCCCCGCCAACUGUCAUGUCCUGGCUCACCGCCCCUUAAGGCUCUCCCUAAGGAGAUCCAACAGAACCAGAACAGGUUCAUCCCCAACUCCACUCCAGUUAAACUACUGCAACAUAACUACAAAGUCUAAAUUCCUUUAUCUGCCCGAUUACUACCCUCAUUUCCCAGACUUACAUUCUCCAUAACUAC